GGUAUUAUCACUACAUUAUUCCAUUAUUCAGCAUCUGCUUUGAUGGCAACAACAAUGUAAAGCCAAAAAUAUUAGUCACAUAGUUAUCUUCCACAGUACUACAGCUUUGCUGUGAUAAAUGAAAUGAUAAGAAGCCACAGAUACACCACAGGAUUUGACUCCAUGACAUGAAACACCACUCCACAUUUAUACUUUGUUGUAUAAAACCGGCAAUGUGCCAACAAAAACUUUAGAACAAAUUUCACCUCCUUUUUGCCUAAAACUUUUCUACUGCAUAUACAUUUGUCAUAAUAACAGACAAUAAUAAUAAGCACAUACAAGGGCCCUUUAAAUAAUACAAAAUGACUAUUUCAUUUUAACAAAACAAUAGCCAGAAUGACCAUUUAUUUCCUAAGCCACUCCCACUCUGACCAAGCCAAAGGGGCUUGGCCAAGAGUGAGCAACAACUACAUAAGAGAGGUGUGAGCCAGGUAGGAUAUAAUUUAGGUGAGCUUUCACAUGCUUAUGUCUCCACCUUCUACUGCCUGAGGAUACUACGUCACUGAACCAGACACAGGAGUACACCUCUGUCUUAACAAGAUUUGUCCCUGAAGUAUGUUAGCAGAAAUGGAGAUGAUGACUUACAUGACUGAGAUCAGGCUGUGUGGAGGUCGGGGGACCUGGAGCGAAGUGGCUCCCUCAUCCUGCCCCGAGGUGGAUCUGGAGGUCAUUGAGGAGUACCUGCAGGAGCAUUCACUGGAAGUCCAGCCUGUGCACACACCUGCAUCAUCUCCAACCACCAUGGGGCAACAAAUGCACACACAUUUCUGCCAGGGCACCAGGAUAAUAGAGAAUAGCUGGUCAGGUCAGCAUGCAUAUGAGUGGCAUUGUGGCUAUCACCACCCUAAUGAAGAAUAUGAAUCACAUGCCCAACCUGCAGCCUGGCCUAGUCGCCAUGACAACCAAUGGGACCACAUUGCAUAUUCCUAUGAUGCUCCUGCAUACAUUGACUCAGACUCCCAGUCCAGUAGCUCCCACUACCAGGAGUACCAAGAGUCAUCGUCACCAUUGUCUGACAGGGGAAGCAGGGAGGACAGAGAUCCCCUGCCUCUUGCCCCACUGUCAGGAAAGAGGAAGGAGCGUUUGUUCCAGUUCCUGUUUGAGAUGCUCCAUACACCAUCAAUGCGGAGCUGCAUUUGGUGGGUUCAAUCCUCUUCUGGCACCUUUCAGUUCUCCUCCCAAAACAAAGAGCGCCUGGCACAGCUUUGGGGCAAACGAAAGGGGAAUCGUAAGACCAUGACCUACCAGAAGAUGGCACGGGCACUGAGGAACUACUCCCGCACUGGUGAGAUUCAGAAAGUGAAGAAGAAGCUCACAUAUCAGUUUGAUGAGAAGACGCUGAGAGGCCUUCAAAGAGACACUAAUAUAGUGUAGAAAGCAUGAUGCCGACUAUAUAUAAGUACAGAAAUAGAGUAAGCACAAUGGAUAUUCAGGGAAUGUAUUGAUGUCCCAUACAUGUCCUUUCUGCUGAUUAUACAAAUAAAUACUGAGUAUUUUAAAAGCCGGAUGAAACACUGUAGGUAGGUCAGAGCCUUCCCUACGUACAGCAUCAUAUUAGAGUCGGUACAUAUGAUGGACAGACUGGAAGUGAAGCAAACUCUUUGGAUAAGUGAAAAGUCACAUGGCAUUAAAAAUGAUGUAAAUCUAAUAGGUUGUCAAGUAAUAUCUACUUUAUAAGUAGAACGUAAAUAUUUUUAAAGUAAAAGUUUGUUGUUGUUGUUGUUUUGGGGGAUUCUCUAUUACAGAUAUU